ACGUUAAAAUAUGCCAUCAAAUUCUAGAAAGUGACAUGAUAGAAUCUAAAUUCUCACACGAAGUCAAUAACCAAAAGAUAGCAGUAACCCAGACGGACAGUUUCUCAAAAGAGAGAGAAAAAAAUCCUCGCCCGAAUGAAUCUGUGGUUGAGAAAAUUCCUCUUUUCAACCCCUGAUGUCGAUGUUUGUAUCAUGGAAUGCUUCAAAGGCUACUUCCUACGUCUUCGUUGUUGUUGUCUUCCAGUUUGCAAUGGGGUAUGGUUUUCAAAGACGAUCACAUCAUAUGCUAUUUCCUACCUCUUUCCUGGCUUCACUGACUUCUACUCUCAUGUAAGUCAAGUCCACUUGCAUGUUGGCCAAUCUAUAUAGUGCAUCAAUUUGUCUUCUUAGCAGAAGAUUUAAGGAGCUACUCCUUCCUAUUAUUGGAGAAGAAUGGAUCCUUACGGUCCAGACGAAACAAUGGAUCCAAGAAUUUACAGAGCCUUGAAAAAAGCCGAUAUCUUCUCCUUAAAGAUGCUUCUUCAAGAAAACCCCAGUCGCCUACAUGGCUUAACCGCACAGAAAAACACAGCUCUCCACAUUGCUGCUGGCCUAGACUACAACUGGUCGGUCCCUGAAAUCCACCAGAUCUUCGACAGCCAUUUGUAUUUCCAAUUUGUAGCCAACAAAAGAGGAGAAACUCCGCUCCAUUGCGCAGCCCGAGCAGGCAAAAUUUUCAUGGUCAAUUUCUUGAUUGGGAGCGCAAGAAAGUCCGACGGUCAGAUUCAUUUACACGAGAUGAAGAAUGAACGUGGGGACACGCCGCUGCAUGAAGCUGCAAGAAAUGGGCAUUUGAGGAUUGCUUAUGAGCUGAUGAAGGCAGAUGAGGCGUUGGGAGAGGAAAUAAAUAAUCAGGGGGAGUCGGCGGUUUUUCUGGCAGCAGAGAGAGGGGCGGAGGAGAUUGUGAGGAUGUUGCUGCAGUUUCCGAGUAGCGCAGUUGAAGGGCCUAAAAGACAGACGGCUUUGCAUGCUGCUGUUUGUCGAAACUAUGAAAUUGCACGGUUACUGCUCCAGGCAAGACCAGCUCUAGGUCAGACAGUGGAUGCAACCGGAAGCUCUCCGCUUCACUACGCAGCAUCCAUUGGUGGCCAUAAGAUGAUUGAGCUACUGCUUCACCAUGAUUUUUCCGCAGCUUAUCUCUCAGACACAGAUGGCCUUUCACCAAUUCACGUUGCCGCUAGCAUGGGCUACACGGACAUAAUUACCGAGCUAAUUAGGCACUGUCCUGAUGUUGCAGAGCUCACCAAUAAAAAAGGCAGGAAUUUUCUUCAUGUUGCCAUUGAAAAUAAGAGAUUAAAGGUUGUGAAAUAUGUUCUCAGUGAUCCUGCACUUGACCAGCUACUCAAUGAGCCUGACCAUGAUGGAAACACGCCACUGCAUUUGGCUACAAACAGUCGUAAUCUAGAAAUACUCCAUCUUCUGCUAUCCGACAAAAGAAUAGACACCAGAUCGAGGAACUACAAGGGUCUCACAACUCUUGAUCUUGCUUCCUCAUGUACGGAUUCAAGCACACGCCUUAGGAUGCACAAGAUCAUGAAGCAACUGGCGUCAGCAGGCUCAGAGUUCAGCCCACAACGAAUGGACUUGAUGAGAAAGAAGUUUUGUCGAGAAAAAACUGAAGAAAUUAAUCGAUACAGAGCAUUAGCAAAUAAUCUAGCAAUUGUAGCAGUUCUCAUUGCAACCGUUACAUUUGCUGCUGCUUUCACUAUGCCCGGUGGCUAUGAGAAUGAUGGCCCAAAUCGUGGGAUGGCAAUUCUAGCAAAGAAGGCAGUCUUCAAAGCAUUCCUUAUCUCUGAUGCUAUAGCCAUGGUUAGCUCCAUCAUUGUCACUUGCUUGCUCAUUUAUACAGGAUCUUUUGAUCAUGAUGUUCGACUGCAUUCUAUAAGCAUUGCACUGAAAUUUAUGUGGGUGGCCCUUGGAGGAAUGGUUGUGGCUUUUGCCAUGGGAACUUAUGCGGUGGUUGCAUCAGCUUGUAAAUGGCUUUCUAUUCUUAUUUGCUUCAUGGCGUGUAGUGUUCCCUUUGUUGCUUGGAUAAUUAAAUGUUGGCCAAAGUUUGACUCGUUAAAGAUGGUGAAGGCAACAAGAAAUCAUGAGAAAAAAAGGAAAGAAACUGCCAGAUCAAGAAUAGUUGAUUUGCAAAUGCCAAACAGCAUGAUAGUGGACUUCGAGACACCUAGUGGUUCUAAAUAUGAUUCAAUUUAUUCCUAGUCCCACAUACGAAUCUUUGUAUUCCAUCCAACUAAUGAAUUGUUGUGAACAAUGAUCUUUGCAUGUAAGAUUUUCUUGUAAUAUUGUUUAUGAACCAUUUCUUCUGUAUAAAAAUUCAUGCUUGCUUCAUCCUAAAUCCUUUGCCUGAACUCUUUUCAGAACUUUGCAUGAAACAAACCUAGAAAUCCAACGAAACUGAUAAUAUUUUGGUAAAGCCUGAGACACCACAAAAAACAUGAAAAACUAGAUCAAAAGCUGGCUUGAGCAAUACCAUUUAUCCUCUCUGUUGUCAACCAUGAAAUUCCGGGAUCAAGUUUCUACUCCUACCUCUAACUUGGUGCAGAACGGGAAAACGAAAACCGGUCUUCCCAAAGUUUGGAUGGAUAAUGGACUUCCUACCAUGUUAUAGCUGCUUGAUAAAGAUCUAUAAUCAUUUGGAAAAUCUCUUUUACGCUCAUUUUUUCUUUUGACGAGUCCAUUCUUAAGACAUCUAAGGUGCUAUUUUACAAGGUCACAAUGUGUAGAAUAAUUGCGGUAAUAACAAUUAUAGUUUCCCAGCAAACAAUUAUCUAUGGUCAAAUAACCAUAUACGUUUACAUGGUCAAAUAAUAGUGACAACACCAAUUCUCAUGUCUAUUGCAAGUUCUUAUUGUUGGAUAGCGGGUUCUUAAUAUGUUUCCUAAUUUAUUUUGGUAACAUGUUAUUGGGAUUCCU